AUGGCUGAUUCAGUUGCAUCGUGGGUGGAUGAGGAAUCGAAGAAGAGGGAUUCGGAAUGGACAAGGGAAAGAAGUGAAGAGAAAAAGAAGAAAAAGGAGAGCUCUUCAGAGUCAAAAAACUCAUCAGCGAUGAAACAUUUGGCGAAACGUCUCAAAGCAAUUUAUGAAGACGAGGGACUUGAUUAUGGUGACGUGGAUGACGAUGAGGAGGCGAUUGUCGAUCGAUUUAGUACUGCCACCAAGUUACGAAAGAAACGAGUGGCCGAAACGAUUUUCAUUGGAUCUGAUAAAGGAGAACGUUUCAUGUCAUGCGAGAGACGAUUUGCAGAAACCGAUAAAUUCGUUCGAUUCACCAAUAAUGCUUUCUACGAACUCACCGAGAAGAAAGCCAUAGAAUUGGGUGUUUCCGUUGAUCUUGUCCAUCAGAUUAUGGCUUUCUCACAUUGGACUUAUAAGGUAACAAAAGGCUUUCUGAUGAUGCCCGACGCUUUAACAAUUUCGACUUUGUUAGAAGAUCUCGUCAAACAAGGACACAAAGUACAAAAAGAGCUACGGUGCAACAUUUGUUUUUCAAUCCCUCAGCAGCCAUGUCUAACAACUUGUAACCAUCUAAUUUGCAAACCUUGCUUUGAUGGAUGGAUGAAAGAAGGAAAAGGGCCGAAACAUUGCCCUGUUUGCAAGUUUGUGAUAGAUACGAGAAGAAACGCUGAAGUCGACUACUUGAAAUCAUGGACUAACAAAUAUCUACAAUUUGCGAAGACGUUUAUGAAAGAAGUGGCCACAUACGCGCAUACUUUCGAAGACCCUUUUAUGGAGAGCCAGGUGGUCUUCACACAAAUGCCAACUCGUACACCUGAUCGACUAAAAGAAAUACCGAUCCAUUCACUGGAGCAAUUAAUGCAACCUCUAACACCUCUCGAAAUUUUUGACGAUGACGAUGACGUUCUACCGCCUAGCCCUGAAGUUUUACCGCCAGCGCGAAAGAGAAAACGGAAAACUUCUGGCCGAAAAGAAAAGACGAUAAGCCCCUAUUCUACUACUCCAGUCAAGCCAAGUACGCCAUUGAAGUCAAGACAACAAAGGGAUUGUUUUCCUACGGAAGAUACACGCGUUGUACAAGACUCAACUCAAACGAAUUUAAAGCAAGUUUCGCGUGAAACCCAAACUUUGGAAACUUCAAACACCACAAUCGAUUUAAAUGGCUUGUUAGCAGAUGCGCCCAUCACACUUCGUUCCAUAUUCACAAACGUGACGGGGUUAGAAGAGGCUUUAAAGAAGAACAUUGAUGAAUUGAAGUCUUGGGUAAAGGAGAAUAGAAACGAUGACGAGGAAAUGGUUGAAGCAGCGGAUUUGCAACAUAUUGAGAAUGUUUCGAAGCCCGUUGUAUUUUUUUGUGGAUUAUCCGAUUUUGAUGAAGAGGACUUGUGUUCCGAAUUUUGCUUCGCUUUUCACAAAGAAGUUGAAAUUACUCGAAGCUUAACGAAUGCACAAUGUCUCGUCGUUAUGGGGAAAAGAGAAUAUGCUGAACAUUCACUUGCCUAUCGAACAGCAACAACCAAAGGAAUGAGGAUCAUCGAUGGAAGAUGGGUCAGAGACAGCUUAAGAUGUCAAAAGCUCUGUGAUAUGAUGGAUUACGCCUUCAAAAACGAA